AUGUCCGUUUUUCUCGUCCGUAGUAUCCGUUCUCGCCCGUUGCCAUCGCUCGGAUCAGCCUCUGCUUCAGGGAACAGCAGAAGCAGCAGCGUAGAGCUUUCUUCGUUACUUCCAAUGGCAGCAAUAUCAGGGAAGACUAUUCAAAAUGUAUUUUUGGCACACCGUUGCCAGCGGCCUAGGCAAAACACAAGAAAUCCCAGUGAAUUUUGUGCCCUCAAUGUCAGCAAUAUGCAUCCCCUUCAGGGGAGGAGGAUAGCAUGGACUGACAUGUCAACCAUGCAGUCACAUAUCUUAGCACCACAAUGGACUAAUUUGGGGAACCGAACAAGUAUCUCCUGCAAUGCUACGCAAUGUGGAAAUGUUGUCUCAUCCUUUGAGAAAGUUGACUUUCUCAAGCUCCAAAAUGGAAGCGAUAUUCGUGGUGUUGCUGUUGCUGGUGUUGAAGGGGAGCCUGUUACUCUUACCGAACCUGUUAGUGAAGCUAUAGCUGCUGCCUUUGCUGCAUGGGUACUUGAGAAAAAGAAACCAGAUGGUUCGAAGCGCCUAAGAAUCUCAAUAGGUCAUGAUUCACGGAUAUCUGCGCAGAAAUUACAGGAUGCAGUUUCUCGUGGUAUUGCCGAUGCAGGGGUUGAUGUCAUCCAGUAUGGAUUGGCAUCAACACCAGCAAUGUUCAAUAGCACACUUACAGUAGAUGAGAACUUUCUUUGUCCAGUUGAUGGAUCCGUAAUGAUAACAGCCAGCCAUCUUCCCUAUAAUCGCAAUGGCUUCAAGUUUUUCACUAAUGACGGUGGACUAGGUAAAGCUGAUAUCAAAAACAUCCUCGAUCGCGCAUCAAAAAUAUAUGAAUCAUUCUCCGAUGCUAGUCUAAAGGCAUCAGAACAAGCUGCUGAUGCAGCUGUAAAAAAGGUGGAUUACAUGGCAGUCUACACUUCUGAUCUUGUAGCUGCAGUUCGUAAAGCCGCUGGAAACAUAGAGAAGCCACUGGAGGGAUUUCACAUAGUCGUCGAUGCAGGAAAUGGAGCUGGUGGAUUCUUUGCGGGAAAGGUACUCGACCCUUUAGGUGCAGUUACCACUGGGAGCCAAUUCUUGGAGCCAGAUGGUAUGUUUCCAAAUCACAUUCCUAACCCUGAAGAUAAAACUGCAAUGAAAGCAAUAACACAGGCAGUGCUUGAGAAUAAGGCGGAUUUAGGUAUCAUAUUUGAUACCGAUGUUGACAGAUCUGCUGCUGUCGAUUCAAGUGGUCGUGAGUUCAAUCGAAACCGAUUAAUUGCUUUAUUGUCUGCUAUAGUUCUUGAGGAGCAUCCAGGAACAACUAUUGUCACCGACAGUGUGACUUCAGAUGGUCUCACUACAUUUAUUGAAAAGAAACUAGGUGGGAAACAUCACCGGUUCAAAAGGGGCUACAAAAAUGUCAUUGAUGAAGCAAUUCGCCUGAAUACUGUCGGUGAGGAGUCACAUUUGGCUAUUGAAACCAGCGGCCAUGGAGCAUUGAAAGAAAAUCACUGGCUUGAUGAUGGAGCAUACCUUAUGGUCAAGGUUUUAAAUAAACUUGCCUCCGCCCGAGCUUCAAAUUCAAAAGUUGGUAGCCAAGUUUUGACUGAUUUGGUAGAGGGCCUAGAAGAAGCCGCUGUGUCAGUGGAAGUGAGGUUGAAAAUUGAUCAGAAUCAUUCAGACCUUAAAGGAGGGUCUUUCCGUGAUUAUGGCGAAGCAGUGCUAAAGCACUUGGAGAACAAAAUCAGUUCAGAUCCAAUGUUCAAGAAAGCGCCGAAGAAUUAUGAAGGGGUUAGAGUCUCAGGCUAUGGUGGGUGGUUCCUGCUAAGGCUCUCCCUCCACGAUCCCGUUCUUCCCCUCAACAUCGAGGCACCGAGCAAUGAGGAUGCCGUUAAGCUUGGGCUCGCUGUGCUCUCCGCUGUAAAAGAAUUCCCGGCUUUGGACACCUCAGCACUCGACAAGUUCGUGCAGCAAUAAUAAUUUUACCAUCGACGCCAUUUUAUCAAUCAAAUAGCCGUGCCAUCUAUAUUCCGCCGCUUACUUUAGAUGUGCUAAAUCACAUCUUUUAGCUACAAGUUUUCAUAUAUAUAUAUCGGGAAAUCCUCACACAGACUGCCAAUGAGUGUCGAUGACUAAGACUCGAAAUAUAAUUACAUCUCUUGUAUUUUCUUGUUGGCGGAAUGAUUUGUAGUUGAGAAUAAAUUUGUAGCGAAGAAGCAUAGGUGCUGUUGCUAUAAAGAGUUGGUGUAAGUACUACUUAUUGCUCGACGCGGUGAAAUGAGCAUAAACAAUAAACAACUUGUCGUCGCAGUUGAUUCUGCUUAAACUUUGUUAUUUUUAGCUGAGGAAAUCCAAGUGGUGGAAUGGUUUUUUUGCGAGUGAUAA